UAGACUGUUAAGCUGAAGGUAGCUCGCCAGUUCGGCAACAAAAUAACCGGGUAACAGUAGCGAGAAGCGUGUGUCAUUGUUUCACCACGUUUCCGCGGAAUCAACAGAACGUGGACUCGUUUACGCAAAUCGGUAUCAAAUGGAUGCGCCCUAAGACAGUUUGUUUACUACAAACCUUACAGAAUUGGAGUUGAUAUUGCGGGAGUCGAAGAAACAAUUGGGAAUCAAUACGUUCAAAACGCGAAAUCGGAUGUCAUGAUAGCGGCCCAAACACUUCAGAUAAGCUGCAUCCAGAUGAGUCUUGUGUGGACGCCGUGAGUGAGAGACUUUGGCGCUGGUGAUCCAGACAGAGUCGCCCACCAUCACCUCCAUAACCAUCAUCACCAUCACCAUCGCUGCUCCACCUCCUCCUCCUCUUCCACCUUCCUUACCCAGCGUGGCGUGAGGUGAGGGAGGGAGGGGAAUGUCAGCCGCCCAGAUGCAGCAGAGCGGCGACGGGGAGCAGCGCUGGGGGGGCUGCCUGGAGUCCCUGGGCCUGAGCCCGCGGGAGCUGGUCCUGGCCGAGGCCCUGCAGAUGGAGUAUGACGCCCUGUCUCGCCUGCGGCAGGACAAGAGCCCCGUCACCAAGAGCCUGUCCGAUGGGGAUGAGGGGAGCAGCAAGCCUCCUCCGCCGCCCCAAAGGGAGCUGCCCAUCCCACCUCCGAGGCCCAUCCCCAGCCCCCCUGGGAGCUCCAGUCUUCAGACCGGAGGAGGAGGAGGGUGGGAGUCGGAUCAGCAGAGCAGUAAUGGGCAGCCUGGCAGCAGCUACUCCCAGCAGCCUCCGGUGUCCAGCAAGGAGCCACUGUACAUCCUGGACUCCAGGCCCCGGAGUAAGAGCCAUAUAGAUGGCCUUCCUCCCCCAGACGAGCCCCCACCUGCCCUGCCGCCUCGCAACCCCCUGCCACCCCUACCGGACCCCCCCAGACGCCCGCCUCCCACCCCCAGGGACAUCAACCUGUUCACCCCAGACGUGGACCAGCCCAAGCUGCUGUCCACUGACACCUUCAACUACGACCACCUCAAUGACUCUCUGAGCAAGCUGAAUGGUGAUUGGACGAGCCCCCGGGGGAGGAGGGGUUUAGGGGAGCAGGCGGGGAAACCGGUGGCGCGGAGCAAGACGCUGCCCCCUCAGGUGCCACCGCGCACCUACAUGCCCGCACCCAAGCCCGGCAGGACGAAUCGCAGGGUGUCCGCAGACCCGGUGUCCUUGGGCUCUCGGCAGAACGGCUUUGGAUACGAGCUCUUCCAGGUGUCCGAGGAGCGAGAUGAGGAGGUGGCUGCCUUCUGCCACAUGCUGGACAUUUUGCGUUCGGCCUAUCCUUGCGAUGACCAGGCCAAGAACGCGGGGUUCGUGUGGAGCCCGUGCGUGACCCAGGACGAGCUGCAGCAAGUGCUGGGGGUCAGCAUCAAGGUCACGGUGGUCAGCGAGCUCUUCAGAGAGCCCCUCACCUUCACCUGCGAUGGCUCCUCCACGGUGGAUCUGUUGAUCUACCAGACGCUGUGCUACACCCAGGACGAUCUGGAGAUGAUCGAUGUAGACCACUACCUCCUGAAGGUCUCCGGGAAGGCAGAGUACCUGCACAACAAGCAGACCCUUGUGAGCCUUGAGUACAUCCAGCAGUGCCUGAAGUUCGACUGGGACAUCCGCCUCCACCUCAGCAAAAGGACAUCAGUGUGCACCGAGCUGGCAAGAACGGAGGAUGAUGAUGAGACGCCUUCCAGCAUGAACCAUUGCAUCCUGCUGCAGGAGCGCACCAUCAGACAGACUGUUACCAGAGAGGCCCUGACACUGCUGCUGGACACGUUCCAUAAUGAGGCAGAGUCCUUCCUCCUGUCUGAGGUGGAGAUCCCUCUGCAUGUGGAGCGUUUGGUGCAGUCUGUGAAGGCCCUGUGCAGCUCUCUGGCCUCGGUGGAAACGCCGGACGUGACCGCCGCCCUUAACCAGCUCCCCGCCUGCCCCUGUCGCCUGCAGCCCCGCGUACUGAAGGAUGUGACGGUGUUGGCCAGGAGGGAGAACAGAGAGAAAGUGGUGGAGAAGCUGACGUCGGCCAUCUUAGACCUGGUGGAGCUGUACUGCAGCACCUUCAAUGCCAACUUCCACACGGCGCCCCACAGCCACCGGCCCACGGUGCCCAUCCAGGAGGCGGGCAUGGUCACCAACGUGCUGUCCUUUAGCGUCUACUCCGCUCAUCGCAUCCCCAUCACGUGGGCUGCCAGCUACGAGGGAUUCUUCCUGUCCUGUUCCCUCACACAUGGCGCCACGGAGCUCUGCGCCCCGCAGCACACCAGCAAGCAGGCCGUCAGCAAGUACCUUUUCCAUCUGGUGGUCUGGGACCAGAGGGUUUGUUUCCCAGUUCAAAUCAACCAGUUGCCCCGGGAGACACAGCUGACGGUGACGCUGUACGCCAGCCCCCUACCGCCCCCUGGAGGUGCCGAGGAGAAGAGCAAGCAGAAGCGCAGCAUCGAGGCCCUGGGCUGGGUCACCAUGCCCCUCUUCAACUUCAGACAUGUUCUGACGUGUGGCAGAAAGCUUCUUGGUCUGUGGCCUUCGACCCCAGGAAGUACAGGAAAUGGAAAUGCCCGUUCAAGUACGCCCAACUUUAGCCAGCCCGACAGCGUCAUUCUACAGGUGGAUUUCCCCACCUCCUCGUUUGAGGUGCGUUUCAGCACCCCUCCCCCAGCUGAGUUCAGCCCCCAGUACGACUUCAGCCGUCUGGACCAGCACAGCCAGAAGCAGCUCAGAGAUGUCCUGCAGAAGAAGUCCCUCUUCUGGCUGUCCCAGGAGGAGAGGCGUCUGCUGUGGGAGAAGCGCUACUUCUGCCAUGCGGAGAGCGGACGGCUGCCCCUGGUGCUCGCUAGCGCCCCCCGCUGGGAGUGGGCGUGCCUGCCCGACAUCUACGCCCUGCUAAGGCACUGGGCCUGCAUGAACCACCUGGACGCUCUUGGACUGCUGCACGCCACGUUCCCUGAUCAGGAGUGUAGGCGGACUGCUGUCCAGUGGAUAGACUCCAUCUCUGACACUGAACUCCUCGACUUCCUCCCACAGUUUGUCCAGGCUCUGAAGUACGAGUGCUACCUGGACAGCCCUCUAGUGCGCUUCCUACUUCGCAGAGCCAUCGCAGACAUGCGCAUAGCACACUACCUGUUCUGGCUCCUGAAGGACGCCCUGCAGGACUCCCAGUUCAGUGUGCGCUAUCAGCAGCUGCUGGCUGCCGUGCUGUGCUGCGUGGGCAGGGGCCUGAGGGAGGAGUUUGACCGGCAGAGCUGGCUGGUCUCCAUCCUGGCCAAAGUGGCCCAGCGCGUACGCGACGCAUCGCUCUCCUCUCGCCAGGCGGUCCUUCGAGAAACCCUGGAUGAGGUGAAGCAGUUCUUCACGGUUAGCAGCACUGUCCGUCUCCCCCUGAACCCCGGUCUUCUGGUCAAGGGCAUCAACAUCCAGUCCUGCUCCUUCUUCAACUCCAACGCGGUGCCCCUAAAACUCUCCUUCCAAAACAUGGACCCCCACGGAGACCAUGUCAACGUCAUCUUCAAGUCGGGUGACGACCUGCGGCAGGACAUGCUGACUCUGCAGAUGAUCCGCAUCAUGAAUAAGAUCUGGAUCCAGGAGGGCCUGGACAUGAGGAUGGUCAUCUUCCACUGCUUCUCCACCGGCCGCGGAAAAGGCAUGGUGGAGAUGAUCCCCAGUGCUGAGACGCUGCGUAAGAUCCAGGUGGAGCACGGGGUCACCGGCUCCUUUAAGGACCGCCCACUAGCCGACUGGCUACAGAAACACAACCCCACCGAGGACGAGUACGAAAAGGCAGUGGAGAACUUCAUCUACUCGUGUGCGGGCUGCUGUGUGGCAACAUACAUCCUGGGCAUCUGCGACCGCCACAAUGACAACAUCAUGCUGAAGACCAGUGGACACAUGUUCCACAUUGACUUUGGCAAGUUCCUGGGACACUCGCAGAUGUUCGGCAGCAUCAAGCGAGACCGUGUGCCGUUUGUCUUCACCUCAGACAUGGCCUAUGUCAUCAACGGUGGAGACAAGCCUUCUAGAAGAUUCCAUGACUUUGUAGACCUCUGCUGCGAGGCUUACAACCUCAUCAGGAAACACUCACACCUAUUCCUUAACAUGCUGGGUUUGAUGCUGUCGUGUGGUAUCCCGGAGUUGUCAGACCUGGAGGAUCUGAAGUAUGUCUGGGAUGCCCUAAGGCCGCACGAGUCAGAGGCUGAUGCCACCAUGUACUUCACAAGGUUGAUUGAGUCCAGCCUGGGGAGUGUGGCCACCAAGCUGAACUUCUUCAUCCACAACCUGGCCCAGAUGAAGUUCGCCUCCUCCGAGGAGCGGCCGGUCCUGUCCUUCGCCCCGCGGGUCUACACCCUCAAGAGCGACGGCGCCAUCCGCAACCUGUUUGUCUGCCAGCACAUGAAGACCUACAGCCCCAACAAAGGCUAUACGUACGUGGUGAAGGUGGAGCGUGAGGGUCAGCAGGGCUCCACACUGGUGCAGAGGAGCUUUGAGGAGUUCCACGAGCUCCACACUAAACUACGCCUCAUCUUCCCCUCUUCCAAACUACCCAGCUUCCCCAGCCGGUUUGUGAUUGGUCGAUCCCGUGGCGAGGCCAUGGCUGACCGGAGGAAAGACGAGCUGAAUGGCUACGUGUGGCACCUGAUACAUGCGGCCCCCGAAGUUGCACAGUGUGACCUGGUAUACACCUUCUUCCAUCCCCUCCAACGGGACGAGAAACCAGGAACCGUGGUCAACACACUCCACACGAAAACAGGAGAUUUCUCAUGGAGUCCAGAGCCUGGCAAAGUUGCUGGGGAGGUGAAGCUCUCCAUAUCUUUCAAGAGCAACAAGCUCUUCAUAAUGGUCAUGCACAUCCGGGGCUUGCAAUCGCUUCAGGACGGCACAGACCCGGACCCCUACGUUAAACUCUACCUCCUACCCGACCCCCAGAAGACUAGCAAGAGGAAGACCAAGGCCGCUCGACGCACCUGCAACCCCACAUACAACGAGAUGCUGGUGUACGACGCGAUCCCGCGGGGGGACCUGCACCAGAGGGUGAUCCACCUGCGCGUGCUGAGCGAGGGGGCCUUCUGGGAGAGCACCCAGCUUGGGGAGGCCUUUAUCCCGCUCAAGAGCCUGGAGCCCGGCCAGCACUGGGUCGACUGGCACCAGCUGGGUACAGGGGCACCUGAAACCAGCCGUUGAGCUGAGCAUAUGGGAAAAGAGGACAGCAGCCGGCUGCAGAGGUGUCGGGUUGGGGUGGAUUGGGUUUGGGGGGUGGGGUGGGGGGUGAGUGUUUCAAUUUGCAUCUAUAUUCGGGUCUGGUAAAAAUGGGAGUUAGAUGAAGGGAAGGUGUGUGUGUGUGUGUGUGUGUGUGUGUGUGUGUGUGUGUGUGUGUGUGUGUGUGUGUGUGUGUGUGUGUGUGUGUGUGUGUGUGUGUGUGUGUGUGUGUGUGUGUGUGUGUGUGUGCGCGCGCACAGUGCGUUGCUCAUGAGUUGCUGGUGAGCUGCCAAAAGAAGCCCAUGGCUCAGAGGUGGAUAAUUUUCCCUCCUAGGGGGGGCACAACAUGUGUGUGUGUGUUACCGUCUUCGGACUCUGUGUGUACGGGACUGAGACGCCAGAUGGGGAUGGCUCUUGAUGAACUGCCAUCUCUGAAUAUACUGUAAGUGGUAUGACAAAGUGCAGAAUGGGGAUUGGGGGGGGGGGGAACACGGUGAACUCAAUGAUAUCUGAAUCUGACCACUGGCUGCAGAGCUGGAGGGAAACCUCAGUUUGUUUUGCCUUGGCACCCUUAAUGACGCCUCAGAGGAAGAACUUCAGUGAAAAACUUCAGAGGAACUGUCGCUUGCAAAAUCUUCCAAGAAACUGCCAUUCACCAGUGUCUGAAAAAAAACCAAGAGUUCCCUGUAAAGUCCGCUAUUAUCGCUUUACUGCUUUAGAGUUUGUGCCGCCCUGCUCUGCUGUGUCAAGAAAUUUUAAAAGGGAUUUUUUUUAAAGUUAUGCCAUUUUUUUCUAAAUAAAUCAUUUAUGAUUUUCUUUUGCUCAGUUGUGUUGAGCUGGGUUGUGUUGUAGCCUAUGGUGUAUAUUAUAAUAAUAUAAUCCUUUCUCUGUUAGUCGGGUCAAAGUGAUCUGAAAGAGAAGGUGAUUGCUUUUGUUACUGUAAAACUGGGCACAUUUUGUGGCUUUAGUUAACUUGUCUUGUUUGUAAACGGCACGUAACUGUAAGCAUAAUUAUUUUGCCAUUGAAUGCCACUAAAUGGAGACAGGUGGUAGUUAUCAAUUGCCAACUUCGAUUUCCUUAACAGUUUCUAAUACAGGAGACAAUUAGCUUAUUUCAAUGGUGUCAUUUUCGUAGGGUCUCGUGGUCUUGGUGUAAUCAGUAGUAAACAAGGUGUUGCUAUUUUGAUUAUAGAGGACCAGGCUUAAUAUACCGAGAUCAUGAAGAUCAGAAGAUGAAAAGUCAGUUUCAAAAUUUUUCCACUUGGUAAAUUAGAUGCUUCCAAAAUGCUACAACAGUGAAUUUCCUGUUGUUGUUUUUUUGCAUGCAGCAGAACCUGCCAAAAGUAGAUACUGUGUCACUGGCUCGUAAUUGUUCAGCAGUUUAAAUUGUCCUCACAUGUUGUUUUGAUUUAUCAAAACAUUUUAUAUUAUUUAUUUGCCUCAAGCUAUGGAGUGAAACAUCAUUUUGAUUGUUGCUUAUGUUGCUUUUGACUUUGCUUUUAGAUUUUAAUAGUGCGGAGAUUGUAGACAUGAUCUUGCAAUGUAUAUGUUUGCCUGCCCGUGUACGUGAGCUUAGUUGUGUGAAUGUUUCUUUGGCUUUGAGAACGCCCCGUGGCUCCAACUGCUCUUUGCGAAGUCCUACUAAGCCAGUAAACCACUCUCCCAGUAUGUACGGUAUCUACUCCUCACGAUAAAUGAAUGAAGAGAUACAGUGUUGAGAAUGCACAAUUUAUUUUUUGACUUACAUGUCACUCGUAAUGUGUAGCACCACCAGAGGCUGAUGCCUGCAAUACCAUCCUCAUAUUUAACAUGAUCCUCAGUUCUCAGCAUUAUAACACCAGUUCCCCUAAGCAGAAAACAAAACCGGUCUAUCCAGAUCAUUACAUAACAACAGACUUCAAAUAAAUCAAGUCCCAUUAAAGCACUAAAGGUUUUUGCAUAGGCUACAGUUUUUUAUUUGUUUUUUUUCUGUCAGGCUGUCCUGUUUAUCAGCUGGCAGGCGUCAUGACUUGACCGCUAGAAGACUAGGCCUGUUUAUGUGGCCAAGUUUCUCUUUUUUCUUCAUUUGCCUGAAUGUGUGUGGUGUUGCAGUGGGCGAAUGGAGUAAUGAGUUAAGGGUUUCAGCCCUGACGAGUUGACAAGCCGUGGCAUGUCAUUGAGUGAAGAAGGGGCACAAGAAUGUAUACCUUUGAUGUGAGUGGAUUUUAAAGUGUUAUGAAUUAGUGACAAAUAAUUAACCAUUUCCAUGUGAUAAAAUGAAAGUUCUUCCUAUAAUAAAUCCCUACUUUUAGACUUUAAACCAGGAAUUUUGCAUUUUUAAUUUCACCAUGUUUUGUAAUAUUAUUUGCACUAAAUAAUUAAAAAUACACUUGAAUUAAA